AAAGGUCCUGCUGGUUUUUAAUAUGCUUAAAGCAGUUAAAACUUAAGUUUUCACAUCCACUGGAUCCACUGAAGUGAAACUACAACAGGGAACAAAUUAUGCAUUACAAUAGUGAGUUAGCAUUAGUUGCAGCAAAGUUGAUCAUCAUGUCAAAUCAGCUGACUGCAGAGCAGCAACGACAGAUAGAGGAAAACAGGAGGAGGGCUUUGGAGAGGAGAGCUCAGAGACUUGGUCAUGCCAUCAGCAGCAAUGCACAGACGUCAGGAGGCUUCAGCAGCAGUACUUCUGUGCAGGAACAGCCAUCUAAACAAAGCUUUGCUGCCCUGGCUCAUCACAGACACCCAGAAACACUCAGCUCAGCUUCUGCACCCAAACUGUUUGUUCCACCCUUAAAAAAAGACUUGACAAGCUUUAAUAACUAUAAUCAAGGCCCAAAGCAUCAGCAGCUGUCCAGCGCCAGCAACCAAAUCAACCAGAGUACUCUGUUUAACUCUGCUCCUAAAAGACAGAUACAAGUCAUUGACGCACUUCCUCAGGCAAGAAGUCCACAUGUGAGCAGUCCUGUUAUUUCCAGUGGAGGAAGCUUUGGUGUGAAGCCAGCUCUUCCCAAACCUAACGUCACCUCCAAUAGCUCUGGUGGUGCAGUUGGUUCAUUCUACAGGCAAACUAGUAAACCUGCCCCAAGUCCUGUGGCCCAACUUCCCUCCAGUUCGUCAACCUCAAAUGCUAUACCUGCUAAAAAGCCUGCCAUCUCCGUAAGAGGAAAAUGUUUACCUCACACAGAGGGCCGCUUCAGAGUAGAAGUGGGCUACCACGCAGUGUUGAUUGCUGUUUUCAAAUCCAUCCCCUCAAAGAACUAUGAACCUGCCACAAAGAUGUGGAACUUCAGUCUGGAGGACUAUCAACAGCUAAUGGAGGAAGCGGCUGCUAUUGCCUCUGUGUCUUUGAGGCCUCUGGAGGGAAUGGAGGCACUGGAUGUUGCAGAAGCCACCAGCCGAGCUCGCGAUGGUGCGGCGCUUGGGGCCCUGCUGAAGCUGUGUAACGGCUGGCAGAAACCUGGAGCCACUCUGCAGGGCCAGUGCGUCAUGGUGUCCCCGACAAAGUUUGAGGUCGACAUCGGUUACAAUGUUGAUGUGAUUGCAGCAUGCAAGCAGAUGCCAACAAAGAGCUAUGACAUGAAAACAAGAAAGUGGAGCUUUUCACUGGCGGAUUACAAGAGACUUUUGGAUCUCCUCAGUGGGAUAGCAGCAGUGGAGGUGGAGCCUUUGCCCAGGGCUGUAAUCCAGGCUUUCUCUGCCAGGUUUGACGGGACUGAAGCCAGGUCUUUAGACGUCCCUGAGGCAGACCUCUCCAGCAUCGACCCCUCGCUCACCUGCAGCCUCAUGCCCUUCCAGAGAGACGGAGUCAAUUUUGCAGUGUCCAAACAAGGCCGCCUCCUCCUGGCUGAUGACAUGGGCCUGGGAAAGACGGUGCAGGCCAUCUGUAUUGCAGCCUACUACAGGAGUGAGUGGCCCUUGCUAGUGGUGGCUCCCUCCUCUGUACGAUUCACCUGGGCCGAGGCUUUCAGACGCUGGCUCCCCUCCCUGAGUCCUGACAGCAUCAACGUUGUGGUGAAGGCCAAAGACAAUCUGCGGUCUGGUUUGGUCAACAUCAUCAGCUACGACCUGCUGGGCAGGAUGGACAAGCUGCAGCUAGCAAGUCCGUUCAAUGUUCUCAUCAUGGAUGAGUGUCACUUUCUGAAGAACAUGAAGACUGCUCGUUGUAAAGCAGCCAUGCCUUUGCUAAAGGCAGCAAAGAGAGUGAUGCUUCUGUCUGGGACCCCUGCCAUGUCCAGACCCUCUGAGCUCUACACCCAGAUUCUGGCUGUCAGACCUGCACUCUUCCCUCGCUUCCAUGAGUUUGGGAUGCGCUACUGCAGUGCCACACAGUCGACUUGGGGGUGGGACUACUCUGGCUCAUCUAACCUCGGGGAGUUGAGGCUGUUGCUUGAGGAGUGUCUGAUGUUGCGCCGCCUCAAAUGCGACGUUCUCUCCCAGCUUCCUGCUAAACAACGCAAGGUUGUCACGGUGACCAUAGAUGGUGUCAACACCCGCAUAAAAGCUGCUCUGUCAGCUUCUGCCAAGCAGUUGGCCAAUGGACACCGCAAUAAAAAGGAAGAGAAGGAAGCCCUCCUCGUCUUUUAUAACCACACAGCUGAAGCCAAGCUUCAAGCCAUUAUGGAGUACAUCACAGACAUGGUGGAGUGUGGGAGGGAGAAGUUUCUAGUGUUCGCUCAUCAUAAGUUGGUCCUGGAUCAUAUCACCGCCGAACUGGGAAAAAAGAAUGUCGUUUACAUCCGUAUUGACGGGUCCACGCCUUCAGCUGAGCGGCAGAAGCUGUGUGAGAAGUUCCAGUUCUCGACCCAAACCUGUGUGGCUGUGCUGUCCAUCACUGCAGCCAACAUGGGUAUCACCCUGCACGCUGCUGACCUGGUGGUCUUCGCUGAGCUUUUCUGGAACCCCGGGGUUCUCGUUCAGGCAGAGGAUAGGGUGCACCGUAUUGGACAAACCAGCAAUGUGAACAUUCACUACCUGGUUGCCAAGGGAACAGCUGAUGACCACCUGUGGCCAAUGCUCCAGGAAAAAAUGAAUAUCCUGGAGAAAGUGGGCCUUUCUGAGUCAAACCUCUCAGACAAAGCUGUGAAUGCCAGCUUCCACUCUAAGGACUCGAAACAGAGGAGCAUCAUGGAGAUGUUCCAGACGUCGUUCACUGCGGACGACAGCAUGGACGAAGCCAUCUUACUGGAGGCUGCAAACGACUGGGAGGACACGCCGCCUGACAACAGUUCUGGUCAACACGGCAAAAAGAGCAUCGGAGAUCAUUUCAGCAGAUGACUCUGAAACUGUCCCUGAUGAGAAUUUAUAAUAACAUGACACUGUUUUUGUCAUUGGAACGAGUCCCAGUUUUAAGCCCAUCAUCAUGACUGAUGUGAAUUUAUUUUUUUGUAAAAAUUGUGAAUUUGAGUAGUUGUAAAAUAAUAAUCUAAUGAACCUAUAUAUUUUUUUUGCUACUAAUAGAAAAUAAAUAAAUGUCUGACUGAA